AUGGAUCUCUCUGCUUUGCCAAAUAACAACCAUCCUGACAAAUUCCUGCAGCUUGACGUGAAGUUGUUAAUGAGGAACUCAGCCCUCCUUCAGGCCAGCCUGGUGAGGUUUCCGGGCGGGAACUACCCUGCAGCCCAGCACUGGCAAAACCUCGUCUACUCACAGAGAGGAAAGAAGAAUAUUACUGCUCAGCGAAUGAGGGCGUCCAGUGUGAAGGGUGCUGUCUUCGUAGACAGGCCCCCACCAUCUCUCUCGUCAGUUCUGAAGAAUAACCCACUAUAUGGCGACGUAAGCUUGGAGGAAGCUAUGGAAGAAAGGAAAAAGAAUCCUUCAUGGACCAUCGAAGAAUAUGACAAGCGUUCCCUGCACACAAACCUUUCUGGACAUCUGAAGGAAAAUCCUAAUGACCUACGGUUUUGGUUGGGAGACAUGUACACGCCCGGUUUUGAUACCUUAUUGAAAAAGGAAGAGGAACAAGAGAAGCAUUCAAAAUACUGUCGAAUAGGUCUGAUUUUGCUCCUUGUUGCCUGCAUCUUGGUUUCCAUAGUGACUGCUAGCACAUUUUUCACCUAAAGAAACUGCCACAGA